CAGUGAGGAGCUGUAGUAAGUAAGUCUAUGAUGAUUUCUGAUGAAAUGCUCUCCUCAAAAUGACAUCGGAAGUGCAAUGUGACUGACCAAUUGCUGUCAUGUAGUGACUUGAAAUGCUCAAACUUUCUUCCCCUUCUACCUGUCUGUCAGUAGUCUUGAACUUGGAUGUAAACAAAAAACAGAGCCGGGAUCGGAGAAGAUUUGCGUCUUAUUAUCGCGAUUCUUCCGAGAUGGACGUUGGAGUGUCCAAGUCCCAUGUGUUUCUGAACUACAGCCCCAGAGCCCUCUUCUCCCAGUGGAGCAUCCCGCUGGGUGCACAGCGAGUCAUGGACGCAGUGAAGGAGGGUCAGAAGAGCACCCUGAGCUCGGGCAAAAUGGUGGCUCUGGCUGCGGGGCUCUCUUUCGGGGCCACGGUGGGCUACAUUGUCUAUCGUCAUAUAAGCAGCACCAACAUUAGUCAGGGGCCCAACACUGAGUUAUCCAAGAUGACACUUCCUGUAGAAGUUUAUCGGAACAUGUCCAGAUACCAAGCCAGGUUUUUGGACACGGUGACCCAGAAGUCUGGAGCUCAUGUGAGGGUUUUGUCAGAUGUAGGGGAGCCUGGAUGUCAGACAGCUGUGUGUUUCCUGCUGCAGGGCUCUAAGGAGCAGGUCUUGCUGGCCCGCUGUUUCCUGGAGAACCUGGUCACCGACUGUGAACCGGUGACUGAGGCUUUGGAGGUUCCUCAGACCGCCUUUGGACGUGUAAUAGGCCGUGGUGGAGAGAGUUUGAAACUGAUCACCAGGAACACAGGGGCCAAAGUGGCUUGUUCCAAAGAGAAGACGCGUGGUCCCGGGGGAAAGGGCAGCGUGACGAUCACAGGGACCAGACAGGAAGUGAAACAGGCCAAGGAGCUGAUUCUAGAAAAGGUCAGAGAGGACAUGAUGGUGAGGACGAAGAUCUCACAGUCAUCUGCCCUGCGGCAGAAACGUGGCCAUACUGCUGCAAAUCAGAUGCAAGACGGCACAGAGACCGAAGCACCCGUGGGCUUCAACAACAACGGCCCCUACUCCCAGAAAAAUGGGCUCAUCCAUGCCAAUGGGACCACAGGAGAACCGGAAAAUAUUUUUGACAAGUUGGAGCUAAAGGUCACCAACACAGACCACAAAGAGGAGGAGGAGAGUGUCUCCACAGACUCUCUCUCUGAAAUUUCCAAGUUCGAAAUUCCCAGCCCAGACCUGAGCUUCCAGCCUGAUGAGCAUUUAGAAGUUUUUGUUUCUGCUUAUGAGAAUCCAAACCACUUCUGGAUCCAGAUCCUGGGGGUUCGCUCCCUGCAGCUGGACAAACUGACAGAGGAGAUGAACCGCUUCUACAACAGUGGCAACCCCACUGAGCAGAGGGUGGAGACCAUUGUGGUGGGGGACAUUGUGGCUGCUCCAUACCGAGACCACGGCACAUGGAACAGGGCAAGGGUACUGGGAGUCGUGGGCUCCGGCCUGGUGGACCUUUACUAUGUUGACUUUGGGGACAACGGGGAGCUGCCCAGAGACAGCCUCUGCCGUAUGAGGAGUGACUUCCUCAGCUUGCCAUUCCAAGCUAUUGAGUGCAAUUUAGCAGGAGUGAGACCCAAAGGAGAGGUGUGGACUGAGGCAGCCCUGGAUGAGUUUGAGCAGCUGACAUACUGUGCCUCCUGGAGACCCCUGGAGGCCAAACUCUGCAGCUACUCUCACUCUGAGAUCUCCUCCUGGCCCAGUGUCAAGCUCUACGACAGCAGUGAGGGCAAGACUGUAGAUAUUGGUGAGGAGCUGAUACGGCUGGGCCAUGCUGUCAGCUUCCAGGAAGUGGUGAAUGGGAGGACUGAGGGUGACAACCUUGGCUGUCUGCAGAGGAUGCUGGAUGACGUGAUAGGAGCAUCCUCAGAGCUAAGUCUCUCCUGUAUCAGCUUAUCAGGCGCUUGGCAACAAAGUGAAGAUUGGUCAUCCAAGCAGGCAUCAUCAGUGUCAUCUACAUGUUACCCACAUAUCCUGAGAUCCGUGGAGCUACAUAAUAAGCUGCCUCAAUCUCAGGAAGCGUCGAUGAUGUCAUAGAGGAUGAGCUGCUCUGAGACCAAAGAUGUACAUAAAUAUCAAGCACUGACCAUCCACUCCUCAGCAUCAGUUCAAAUGAGAUGGAGGGGUAAUUUCCUCUUCUGACCCAAACUCAAGCACAUAAAUCCUCAUCGUGAAGCCUUACCUACUUGACAACGUGCAACAGUUCUUCCAGCCAUAUUCACUUUAUUGUUGUUAUUUUAGUACAAAAUUAAUUCUUAUGUUUUGCCUCUAUGCUGUUCUGUUGUACCCAACGCUGCUUUGCUUAUAUGUGUUGUUACUAUAUUUUGUGUUCAAGAAAUGAAAAGAGGAACAAAGACAGAACGUCAGUAUUCAUUUUGAAAAGCACUGUGAUAUGAAUCAGUGGAACCAGAAGGCAGCUGGUUAGCUAUUUUUUUCUCUACUCAUAUGUAUAUUAAGAUGUAAUGGCCUAUAUAUUGGGCUUCAGAAGUUAUAUUUUGCAAAUGAAACCAUAGAGUAUUAUUGAAUGUGGUCCUCAGUUUGUGUUCAAUAUAAAAAUGUGGCAUCCACUGUAUCAUUAACUAAGGACAGAGGAAAGUGGUAGUGUCUUCAGAGGUGUAAUAGACUGCACUAUAUAAAUAAAAGGAUUUAUUUUAUGUCA